CCAUAUGCAUUGCUGGCUUUCAGCCAUCGAUAUGUUUAUAGGGUUUGUCUGCUUUGGAGGAGAGAGAAAAUCUCCAAUAGCCUCUCAGUUGGUUUAAUCACACACUGAUUGAGAGAGAAACGUCGAAAGAGAAGAUUAAAAAAAAAAAAAAAACUGCCCUUUUCGUUUACCCUUUCUUCUGUUCCCAGUUAUCUACUUCGUCAUCCCCUUUUCCCUUCAUCUACUUGAAGAACAGAGAAACCAAAGUCAUACCGAAGAUACAAAUAAAGUUAACCCAAAAAACCCAUUUUUGGUAUGCAAGAUUGAAUUUUUUAAUUGGAUCUGUAGAUCUAAUCUUUUUCAAUUAACCUAUAUUGUUAUUCGAAUUUGAUUUGUUUUAGAUCUUUGCUGUUAAGAUUUUCUCAAUUGAUCAGAUUCUCAACUUUCACCCUAGUCAAACUUGAAUUAAAUUGGAGAUUGGUGAACUUCUGGUAAAUUGUGUUACUUGCAUCCAAUUUGGAUGUUGCGGAAUUGAAGGUUGACCUAGGUGAAAUGAGGGAUGUUAUCGAGGUUGAUAUCAUUCCUGAAGGCCUGUUGGCGGCCGUCUUCAGACCGUUAUUCUCACUCGGGUUCAGAUGCAGCAGGACGGCAAGAGGGGCUUCUUUGGUAUAAGGAUACUGGGAAGCAUAUAAAUGGUGACUUCUCUAUGGCUGUUGUUCAGGCGAAUAAUUUGCUCGAGGAUCAAAGUCAGAUAGAGUCAGGUUGUUUAAGUUUGCUUGAUACAGGCCCUUUUGGAACAUUUGUUGGGGUCUAUGAUGGCCAUGGUGGGCCUGAGACAUCACGUUAUAUCAACGAUAAUCUCUUUCAUCACCUCAAAAGAUUUGCUGCUGAGCAACAGUCAAUGUCAGUUGAUGUGAUACGGAAAGCUUUCCAAGCAACUGAGGAAGGAUUUUUUAACCUUGUUGCCAAACAGUGGCCCAUGAAGCCCCAGAUUGCUGCUGUUGGGUCUUGCUGUCUGGUUGGUGUGGUUUGCAAUGACAUUCUUUACAUUGCCAACCUUGGGGACUCUCGUGCUGUGCUUGGAAGGGCUGUCAGGGCGACUGGUGAGGUUCUUGCCAUCCAGUUGUCUGCAGAGCACAAUGUUAGCAUUGAAUCUGUGAGACAAGAGAUGCACUCCAUGCAUCCAGACGACUCAAAUAUUGUAGUGCUGAAGCACAAUGUGUGGCGGGUUAAAGGCUUAAUACAAAUUUCUAGGUCUAUUGGCGAUGUAUAUCUUAAAAAGUCAGAGUACAAUAGGGAGCCCUUAUAUUCUAAAUUUCGCCUGCGUGAACCAUUUAAAAAGCCGAUUCUGAGUUCUGAUCCAGCGAUUUCUGUGCAUGAGCUUCAGCCAGACGACCAGUUUGUCAUAUUUGCAUCCGAUGGUCUCUGGGAGCACCUUAGCAAUCAAGAAGCAGUUGAUAUUGUCCAGAACAAUCCACACAAUGGAAGUGCUAAAAGAUUGGUAAAAACUGCAUUGCAAGAAGCAGCUAAGAAAAGAGAGAUGAGAUACUCCGAUUUGAAAAAGAUAGACCGUGGGGUACGUCGGCAUUUCCACGAUGACAUCACUGUGAUUAUUGUGUUUUUCGAUUCAAAUCUAAUAUCCAGAGCUAGCUCAGUAAGGGGUCCCACAUUGUCCCUCAGAGGCGGUGGUAUCAGCCUCCCUGCAAAAACUCUAGCCCCUUGUGCCACGCCCAUGGAAGUCGGUAACAGCUGAUGAAAGGUUUCCUCCUUUUUUUUUCAUGUUAUCAUCUCUGUUGUAUCUAAUGCCCCAAACCCUUUUUUCAGACUUCUCAUCAGGUGAUACACUAUUUAGAAAGAUAAAAUGGAAGGUUCUGAUCUUUUUUAAUUUAAAAUUCUUUAAUGUAAAAUGUAACAUUUAACUUUGAGAUAGCGUGUUAAAUUAUUUCGCGAGCAGAAUGAAAAAGAAAGAAUCUGGUCGACGCAGCUCUGAAAGGUGAUGAGAAAGAUUCAUUCUUUGGGACACUCCUCUACUAAUCUUGAUCCCAUGGUCUUGAAACUCUGUAAAUGCUUGUAUUUCUUGUUAUAUGCGCUUGACAUUUGUUCUUGUGCAUGAAAGGCAGACCAUUGUAUGUAUAGAGAAGAUAAAAAAUGGUGAUGGAAUAAUAAUAGGAGGAGAAUUUGUUAUGUGUAUUUUGUUAUUUUUAUGGAUUGCAUUACUGUUAAUAGCAUACUCGAAAAAUCUGUAGGUGGAUCAACCUAGGUUACUUAUGCAGGUCAAGAACCCUGGGAUAUGUAAUCGCGAGUCUAACGUUUACUCUUAUGAAUGUUGUAAUGUCUCUAA